AUUAGCCUCACUCUCCUUAUCAUCAUAGCCACAGCAACAGCAACCCUCUUAUUCGCCAUCAAUGCCCUAAUACCAACAAAACCGGAUAUUAACAAACUUUCCCCCUAUGAGUGCGGAUUUGAUCCAUUAGGCAAUGCACGCUCCCCCAUCUCCAUCCAAUUCUUCCUGGUUGCAAUCCUAUUUAUUCUAUUUGACUUAGAAAUUGUCUUACUCCUUCCCAUCCCUUGAAGCAUUAAUACAAACCCAACAACCACUACCAUAACUAUAACCACGGCCCUUCUAAUUAUCCUAACACUAGGCCUCGUAUACGAAUGACUCCAGGGCGGACUAGAAUGAACAGAAU